AUGCAGCGAUCAACCAGGAUAGUUAUGGCUCCCUUCAAGAGUGUGUUACGGCGCCACAAGCACCAUCCAGAGGGACUGCCGCUGUAUAAUGAUAUGUCGAAGCAAUGGCUCUGCCGCGAGGGGGAGAGGUGGUGGUUACUCGAUGCCCGCGGUGAGCAGCUGCCGCGUGUGGCAGCCGUAGCGGCUCAAUACAUUACUGGACAGCAUCGACCUGAUUUUACGCCAGGGAUGAUAACGGGUGAUCAUGUUGUUAUUGUCAAUAUUAAAGAUGUUGUGAUGGUUGGUGAUCAAUGGAUUCGUGUGCCCAUCACGUGGCAGACGGCAUACCCGGGUGGGAAGUACCGUAUUAGGCUUACGGAUAUGUAUGAGCGUGAUCCUUGCAUGCUCAUGUGGUGGUUUUUGAAGGAUGAAGUUAACCGCCACUUUGUCCGUAAACUAAAGACGCGCAUUGCCCCGUUGGAAAAGGCCUGGUUGUAUGAGGAUAGUAUUCACCCGCAUGCAGACAAGAAUCCACGUCCACUCUGCUGGACUGAUCCCGAGGUGAAGGGGUGGAAGUAUAGGGAUCCGCAGUUUAUCCGCCGGUGGAAGCCUAACGAGUUUAUGCAUUGA